AUGGACACCCCUCGCUAUGUAUUCGGUGCCCAAGGGUUUGGUGUAGCCUGGACAGCGGACAAUGUCGACCACCUGAUGAAGAGUCUCAAGGGGGCCAAAAUUCAUCAAUUUGACACGGCUGCUCUGUAUCCCGCCACAAAUCCUGGUGAAUCUGAGAAACUACUCGGUAAAACAAAGCCAGAGGAUGCAAUCAUUAACACCAAGGUACUUUUCAUUGGCGAUGACUCUUUGGCCUUUCAAAACAUGGGAGACUCUAUCAAGGCCAGUUUGGAGCGACUGCAGGUCGAAAAGAUCCACACACUCUACGCUCAUGCCCCGGACCGCAACACCCCGAUCCCGCUACAAGCCGCACACUUCGACCAUUACUAUCGUGAGGGGUAUUUUGAACGGUUGGGUCUCUCUAACUACAGUCCAUCUGCGAUCCGUGCCUGGAUGGAAAUCGCAGUGGAGGAAAACCUUGUCAUGCCUUCCGUCUACCAAGGCCAGUACAACGUGUUCUGCCGAGGCUACGAGGAUGAACUUUUUCCCGUACUUCAUGAGUUCGGCAUUGAUUUCGAGGCAACCUCCCCUUUGGCAGGUGGAUUCCUCACUGGCAAGCUUUCCUAUUCUCCAUCGCCUGAACAGCUGGAGGGUACCCGCUUCGAGGUCGGAGAGGGUAACAUGCUUGGUGCAGUUUACCGCAUGUGGUAUGAUCAGCCCCUUUGUCACCAAGCGAUGCGAGCCUUGGACAACGUUGGUAAAAGAGUAGGAACUACAGGAGCUCAAUGCGCCCUGCGCUGGUUGCUUUUCCACUCGAAGCUCAAGGACCCUGACCGAAUUGUCAUCGGACCAAGCACCUUGAAACAGCUUCAAGACUAUGUCGACGCCCGCGAGGCUGGUCCACUUCCAGCUGACGCAGCAGGGAGCAUCAGUGCACUUUGGCCGAACCUGAAGGACGUUGCGGCAACCAUCAUUGACAGGGGAUGGUGGUCUCUGUGA